AUGUACGGUCGCAUGAGAAGACUCCGCUCCGCGAACUGGGGCAUGGGCCAACAUGCGGCCAGGACAAUCUACAGGGGAGUCUUCUUACCUCGUGUCACUUACGCAGCUGAAAUUUGGUCUUCAGGUACUAGACUGGAAAAAAGCAAAAAGAAACUACUAAGCGCCCAGAGAGCUCCCCUCCUGGCGAUGACCGGUGCCUACAACACCGUGUCUACAAACUGCCUUCCAACAGUAGCAGGUACUAUGCCAUUAGACCUUGAAAUAAGAAUGCACGUCCUAACACAGAAGAAGCGUAAACAGGAGAUUACAAACGCCGCAUUCGACGGAAGUGUAGAUGAUCUCUUUAACGAAUGGCAACUCAGAUACGACACCCUGCCCAAGGGUAACUGGUCCAAAAAAUGA